AAGUUACCAAGAGAAGCAGCUUAUAACCAAAUAACCCCAUCAGAAUGACCAGCAAUCGCACAGACUGUCAUUACUGCCUGCAGUCUCUUCGUGGGAGGAAGUAUGCAUUAAGGGAAGAAAACGCUUAUUGUGUUACAUGUUAUGACAGCCUGUUUGCCAACUCCUGUGAAGAGUGCAAACAACCUAUUGAGUGUGAUUCCAAGGACCUGGCCUACAAAGGCCGCCACUGGCAUGAGCAGUGCUUCAAGUGUGCCAAAUGCAGUCGCUCGCUGGUGGAGAAACCAUUUGCUGCCAAGGACGAGCUCUUACUGUGUACUGAAUGCUACUCUGAUGAGUAUUCCUCUAAGUGUUUCCACUGCCAGAAGACCAUUAUGCCUGGUUCCCGUAAAAUGGAAUUUAAGGGAAGUUCCUGGCAUGAAUCCUGUUUCAUUUGCCAGUAUUGCCGGCAACCAUUGGGAACAAAACCAUUGAUCACCAAAGACAAUGAGAAUUACUGUGUGCCCUGCUUUGAGAAGCAAUUUGCUCACCAUUGCUAUGGUUGCAAAAAGGUAAUAACUUCUGGAGGAGUGACCUACCAUGACCAGCCUUGGCAUAAAGAAUGCUUUGUGUGUGUUGGAUGUAAAACCCAGCUGUCUGGACAAAGGUUUAUUUCCAAAGAUGAAUAUCCAUACUGUGUAGACUGUUUCAGUAAACUGUAUGCUAAGAAGUGUGCUGCUUGCAAGAAACCUGUUACAGCUCUAGGAGGUGCCAAAUUUAUCUCAUUUGAAGAGCGCCAGUGGCAUGGGGAAUGCUUUAACUGCGCAAAAUGCUCUGUCUCGUUGGUGGGCCAAGGAUUCCUCACGCGGCAGGAUGAUGUCCUUUGUCAUGAAUGUGGCUCUGCUUCGUAGUCCUGUGGAGAGCUGUACAGCUGCAUUACUCUCACUCUGUAGCCAUGUACUUCAUUACUCUGCAGUAA